GAUAGCUUUCAGCUAUCUGCUACUAUCGCAUGAAGGAGGAUCCUGAAAAGAAGGAAGCGAGGAAGAAUCAACUUUUGAACGAAACAAUACCAUUUUACUUGACUAAAUUCGACCAGAUUAUUGGCGAAAAUGAAGGAUAUAUCAUUCCUUCUACCACGACAUGGGCGGACUUCGUGUUUGCAGCGGCACUUGAAAAUUUCGAGUAUAUGUUUGGGGCAUCAGCUUUGGAUAAAUAUCCAGCUCUUCAAGCAUUGAAGAAAAGGAUUCAUAGAAUACCGGUUAUUUCUGAUUGGCUGAUUAGGCGUCCAUACACAAACAGUUAAAAAGCUAAAAACGUGUGGAAAAAAGAUGACCAGUACACCAGUAUAUAUAUAUGUACGCUGGCAUCGCUAUGUUGGUAAAUGUUCGAUGUUAUACGUGUCGUAAAAUGUAACAGUUCUAUUUAAAAAAAAAAAUUUCGUUUCUAUGAGUACGUUAAAAGUUUAACUAUAAAAAGUCUCAUCUGAGCUGUGUUCCUUUAUGUGAAGGUAUUAUUGUGUGUAAUAUUGUGAAUUACGACUUUUCCUCUCCGAUAUUCGUGAAUUGAAUCACGAUCAACUCAGCUUGAACUAAAAUCCUAACUAAAAUCGUCACCAACAAAUCCGAUGGUCCCGUGCGCUAGACACACCCAUCCUUAGCUUUCCUCCGAGACAGCAUCGUCUCCAGAGACAGUUCUGAUUUUACAUCCUUCGAACGGUUAAUAUCCUUCCACCGGGUAGGACACACCCACAGAUCAGUCACUCAUUCAUCUCGUACAUACGCACCAGCGUAACUGCCUUCGUUAUAAGUUGUUGGAAUAAACGGUGAAAUAUAACUUACUAUACUGUGUCAUA